AUGAGCAGCACGCACAAACGUCGUCGCCUCAACCCCUCACCGUCCGCCACCUUAACCAAGCCAUUCAAGUCCCCGCUCCGCAGACCUGCUCCUGCCACAGAAAAUCCACAUGAGGCGGUGACUGGUAGUCCGACACUGAACACUAUGCAGGUACAGCUGCAGGAACAGAUUCAGGUACGGACAGCCCACACCGGCUACAGCAUCAAGCCGUCCAUAUACUCACAGAAUUGUUCUAAUAACUCCGUUCCCAGCAACUGGCGCCGUCACAGCUACCACUACAAUUACCGCAACCUCAACCUCAACUCCACGCCCCCAAAACCAGGCACGUACAGUCCCCCACCUGCUCUCGCGAACCCCGGCGCCUCCAGCCCCAACCCAGACAGCACAACCCCCACCCCCAUCAAACCUUCAUCUCAAUCACGCCCACGUCCACGCUCACGCCCACUUACCCUCACCGCACCCCGCACACCCCGCACACCCCAAAAACCCACCCCCCUCUCCGCCUCCUCCUCCCCCCCAACAACCGAGCUCUCCGCCCUAACCACCCAAAAAGCCACGCUCCUCGCGCACCUUCACGCCCUGACCGCUGAGCACGACACCCUCCAACAAGCCCGCCGCAUCGAGACACAACACAAGACCGUCGAGCUGGAGCGGCUGAUCCACAAGUGGAAGGGGAUCAGCCAGCGCGCUGCGGAGGAGGUGUUCCUUGGGGCGAGGGAGCGGGUGAGCCGGAUGGGGGGGUUACAGGUUCUGAAGGCCGGGGCGGGGUCUUGGGGGUGGGAUUGUGAGGAUCAGGAUCCUUCUGCUGGGUUGCAGGGGCGCGGGCGGAGCUGGGAGGGGGAUUUUGGGGAUGGGAAGGGGGGUCAGGGGCAGGGUCAUGAUGACGGUGACGGGGAGGAGCAGGAGCUUACGAUGGAGGUUAUGUUGAAGAUGAUGAAGAUUGAUUUCGGGGUUAUUGGGUAUGAUGUUGAGAGAGAGGGGUGGGGUACUUAG